AGGCGCUGAGGGAGGCCAUUGCGGCUCGAGAGUGUAUGAGAGCUCGAUAAAGACGCGAAGCGGCUCGCCCGGGGGCACCAGAGAAGAGAAUAGAAACUAACAGGGGUGAUGAGGGACCUCUUGGCAGGAAAUCCUCCCCAUAGUGUCCUCUCUCUCCAAGAUCCUGAGAACUGCCCAAUUCUGAGACAAAGACUACAUGACACUACAACAUGAGCGAGAAUAAAUGUGACACACAGUUUUACAGUGUUCAAGUUGCAGAUUCAACAUUCACUGUACUAAAACGCUACCAGCAAUUGAAAUCUAUUGGAUCUGGGGCUCAAGGUAUUGUUUGUGCUGCAUUUGAUACCGUACUUGGAAUAAAUGUUGCUGUAAAGAAGCUAAGUCGUCCUUUUCAGAAUCAAACCCAUGCAAAACGAGCUUACAGAGAACUAGUGCUGCUGAAGUGUGUGAAUCACAAAAAUAUAAUUAGUCUAUUAAAUGUAUUUACGCCACAGAAGUCAUUAGAAGAAUUUCAAGAUGUGUAUUUGGUUAUGGAAUUGAUGGAUGCUAAUUUAUGCCAAGUUAUUCAUAUGGAGCUGGAUCAUGAGAGAAUGUCCUAUCUUUUAUACCAGAUGUUGUGUGGGAUCAAACAUCUUCAUUCAGCUGGUAUCAUCCACAGAGAUUUAAAACCCAGCAAUAUAGUAGUAAAAUCAGAUUGUACUCUCAAAAUCCUUGACUUUGGACUUGCAAGAACAGCAUGUACUAAUUUCAUGAUGACCCCAUAUGUAGUAACACGAUAUUAUAGAGCACCAGAAGUUAUUCUAGGCAUGGGAUACAAAGAGAAUGUUGAUAUCUGGUCAGUUGGUUGCAUCAUGGGAGAAUUGGUGAAAGGUUGUGUGAUAUUCCAAGGCACUGAUCAUAUUGAUCAGUGGAAUAAAGUUAUUGAACAAUUAGGUACACCGUCAGCAGAUUUCAUGAAAAAACUACAGCCCACUGUACGGAAUUAUGUAGAAAACAGGCCGAAAUAUCCAGGUAUCAAAUUUGAAGAACUGUUCCCAGACUGGAUAUUUCCAUCAGAGUCUGAUCGUGAUAAGCUAAAAACGAGUCAAGCUAGAGAUUUACUAUCAAAAAUGCUAGUAGUAGAUCCAGACAAACGAAUUUCAGUAGAUGAAGCUUUGCGACAUCCAUAUAUCACAGUUUGGUAUGACCCAGCUGAAGCAGAAGCACCACCUCCCCAAAUCUAUGAUGCACAAUUGGAAGAAAGAGAACAUGCCAUUGAAGAAUGGAAAGAGUUAAUAUAUAAGGAAGUAAUGGAUUGGGAAGAAAGAAAUAAGAAUGGUUUGGUAAAAGAACAGUCUUCAGAUGCAGCAGUGAACAGCAAUACCAGCCCUUCUCAGUCAUCAUCAGUCAACGACAUUUCAUCCAUGUCAACAGAACAAACAUUGGCUUCAGACACGGACAGCAGCCUUGAUGCUUUGACAGGAACACUUGAAGGAUGUCGGUGAUCAGCUUCGAAGAUUAAGAUUAGCAAAGAGUCUUUGCUUCUGUUGGGCCUCUAUUGCUUGUAAGUUCAUGGAGCCAAAUAGAAAACUUCAUGUUCUGCAUGUUCCUCUAAAAUAAUGCCUGUGAUUUUACUCAGUUGCAGUAAAACUGUCUGCUUAAUAUUGUAGAGUGAAAGCAACUUUGUAUCUCAAGGCAAACGAAAUAUAAACAUUAAUAUAACCUGUUCUGUUUUGACCUCUAUCAGGUGAGCAGUUAAAAUAACAAGAUCAAACAAAUCCACGGGCAUUCUCACAGUUUUUUUAAAAAACAUGUUUAUAAAACAAAUAUGUGUGUGUGUGAAAGAGAGAGAGAGAGCGAGGAGGGAGGAAGGAAGGAAGGAAGGAAGGAAGGAAGGAAGGAAGGAAGGAAGGAAGGAAGGAAGGAAGGAAGGAAGGAAGAUGUAAAAUUCUGUUUCUUAACUAUUCAAUUGCAGUCAUAUGCCAUUCUUAAUAUACCUUGCUGGUAUUCUCAGUACUGUAUAAUAUAGACACAAUUGUUUUUCUGUAUAGCACUUUUCUUGAGGCCGUUUUCUCUCCAUCAUCAAAUAAUAUUGUAUCCCUUCCCACAGAAGAAGCAAAUGUGUGAAUUUUUGCUUCAUAUUUUACAUCUAAAUGUGUUUCUGAAUGUAUUCUUUCAGUGCUUUUCUUUGAGGAGUAGGUGGGAUAAGUAAAGAUAAGUCUUAAUACUUAUCAGAAUUAGGGUUUGUUUUUAAAAUAGCAACGUUGGCACCUGUUUUUAAGAAGUUACUAAACACUUGUAGGAACUAUGCCUUAAUUGCCUUUUCCUGGUAUUAACAUAGAGAACCCGAUGUUGACAUCAAAUUGGAGCUUACUUUGAGCCUCUUAAUAGAUAUACCUUUAGUUGCUUUUGGUAGGUUAUACGGGACCACUAUAUGGCUUAUAUUUACUUUUCAAAAUUCACGUAUAGAAAAAAUUGAAAUACAUUAUAAAAAGUGAAAGGAACCAUUUCUGGAACUAAAAUACAGAGGUAGGAAUUACAGGUAAUCCUCGCUUAGCAACAUUAACUGGGAUUGGGCUUUCCAUUGGUAAGCGAAGCAGUCAUUAGACAAAACAUAACAUGGCUACCCCACUUAGUGACUGCAGUUCUGGUAGUCUCAUUUGCAUGCGUUAGGCAAGGACCUCUCCCUUCUCCUGCCUUGCCGCACUCAUUUCCACUUCAGUUACCUUCACUCGCCUAUCUGGGCUCUUGGCUGCCUUGCAUUCCACCUUUGCCACCUACCCCUCACUGUCCCCAGCUGACCUUCGCCAUCUUCUUUCUCCCACUGCUGACAAGGCACCCUGCAGUCAUAAAUGUGGGUGAUUGCCAAGUGCCUGAAUUUCAUCACAUGUGGGUGUGCUGCAGCAGCCAUAACUUUUGAGCUGUAACUACCAUUUGUUCAGUGACAGCAUAAUUUUGAAUGGUUGCUGAAUAAAUGGCAAUUAUGUGAGGACUACUUCUAUAAUAACAUACCACAUAUGUAAGGAUGGGUUUUUUUAAAUAAACAAAUACCUAAUUGCUUUGGUUCAAUUUCUUCCUAGCUCUGAGCAUCAGCAAAGUUUAUAUAACAGGAAAAUAUUUAUGUGACUAUGUAGGUGCAUUGGCUGGUGAGCAAUGUGUUUGAGGGAAGGUAUGGUGGAUGGAACUAAGUUGUGCAUCAAAGCUAGGUGUUACAGUUAUUGCAGAUUUCCAGGCUGGGGGAGAGGCAGUUCCCUUAGAAGAGACUGGGAAAGGCAUAUUGUGUAUUACCACCUUUUUUUUUCAGGCACCAGCACUUUACUAGCAGCACAAACAUAUGACUGGGAACAAGUCCUAUUGAGUUUAAUAAGUGUGAUAUGGGAUUACUGCAUAAAUCCAUUGUUUUUAGAGAGAACAUUUUUUUAGCAAUGUGUUCUUCAAAACAUACUUUUAGAAUGAGCCCUAUACUCCUGAUUUCUCCAGGUAGAAUUUGUUAUCAGAUAUUAUAACUAUAAGAUAUUCAUGAAAUUUUAUCACUUGAUAAAGUUCAGUUACUAAGUUGGAGCUAAACAUAUUGCCUUCCUUAAACAUUCUGUUUCAGAUAUGAUACCACAUGAAAUGCCUGUGAGAGCUUCCAUUACAUGUUAGCAAUUAACAGAAAAAUCCACAUUCAUAUUUAUCCUUAAAUGAAUAUAAAUAUAAAUUACAUGAUGUACAGACAUAUAAUCUAUUAUUUACCCUAGUAAAAUAUUUCAGAAGACAAUAUUAAUGAAUAAAAUUAAAUAAAACAUAUCUCAUUGCUCAUUAAAUAAACAUAGGGACGAAAGAAAGAUUGAAAUGAAAGAACAAAGAAAGGUGUUUAACCAUGUGCACUAAAACUUAAUUCAUAAAGUUGUUAAGCAUUCCACCAAACUGUUUUGAAAUAAUUCUACAGCCCCUUCUUCUGCACAAAACCCACUCAAUUUACCUGCAUGAAAUUUGGGAAGAACAUUUCUCACUGUAAAUGCUAUCUAUUUUGAAAUGUAAUAUUGUGUCCCAAAAUAAUCACUUUUCCCCGUACUAUCAAUCACAUUUAGCACAUUGUAAAAAGACAGAUUUGCAGAUUUGCUUUUGAAUUCAUCCCAUUUGGCUAAACAACCAUAAAGCCAUAGUUACAUUUUUCUUAGUCUACACUGGGGAGAUUAAACUUUUUGAAAUUCACGUAGGAUCAGGAUCCUAGUUGGUACUGUAUUUAACCAAAAAGAAGAUGAGAAUAGGAGUUUGACAAGAUAUAAAUGUAUAUUGAUUGAACUAAUAACUAUUAAUUAACUCAUUGCCUGUAAAGCUUAGGUCCCUUGUUCACAAUAUUAAUUGAUCCCCAUCUUCAUAUACCAACAUUCACUCAUCCAUACACCCCGCCCCCCAUUGCAUACAGAAUCAUUCAAGUACACAGAUGUAUUUUCCCCCUUUUUUUCCAGCAGAAGCCAACAAUAGAACAGGAUGGAUAUAGAAUAAGAUGAAGCGAUGCCUGCAGUAAGAAUGGAAAGAAAGAGAAGGGGUGGGAGCAAACUGGCUGGAGAUUAGGUGAUGGGAAGAGUUACUAGACAAAGAAGGAAAGAAAAGAAAGGACAAGUCAGUUAUAAUUAUAAUGUUUAAAUUCAAGCUAAUUUUCAUAAAGAAAGACAGUUUGGUAUAGUGUUAAUGCACAGGCUAACCAGGAGACUGUAAGUUCUAGUCUCAGCUUAGGUACAAAGCCAACUGACUCUCAGCAGACAGUGGUGAAUUACUUCCAAAAUCUAGCCAAAUCUAGAGGGCAUAUAUGCAAUCUUCAGAGAAAUUCAGGCUUUGUAGCAUGAUCCCUUCAACUAUUUGUACUUCAUGCUAAUUCCUUUGUUUUCAUAGCUUGCUGUAUUAGCAGCAAAUGUAAAAUACCGCUACAUCAUUCAUAGCAAAUUAUUUGGGUUUAGGGGUUAUAGCUGAAGUUCUCUGUAUGAUCAGAAUUUCUCUGCAGCCUUUCCCAUUCCAUGUUGGAGUUGGAGGAGGUAGAGAUGAUACAUUCACACAUUUUUUUAAUUGUCGAGGUGUUACAAUGCCUGGCAGUAUAGGCUUUGCUUUGUGUUCCUGUAAAAGAACUUUCCUCCAAAAAGAGCUUUAAUGAGUUUGAAAUUGUGAACUUAUAUAAGAAUUAUGUAACUUUAAAUAAAGCUAAAUAAUGUAAGGUUACAUGGCGUAACUCUUUAAGAGUUUGCAUUGUACUUUCAGAAGUACUGUGAAAAUAAUUUUAUGUUUGGACUAUUUUUUGUAAAUAUGGGCAUUCAUUCAUCUAUAGGCACAUUGAAUAUUGAAAAAAUGUGUCUGCCUUUACAAUAUAUUGUUCAGCAGUAGUAGAAAAUGGCAUUUACUCAACCCUUGACGUAAGAGGAACCUAUUAUUUCUUAAGCAUUGGUAUAGGCAUAUCACAUAUAGGAUAUUUCCAUUUUGGAGAAGAAAAGGGGGGUUUGGAAUUGAAAUACCCAUUGUUUCUAUGGAAUGAAUCCAGUACUGUAAUAGUUUGAGGCCAGUUCAGAUUAGAUAGGUUAAUUAGCCCUCAAAUUUCUAUGCUUGCCAUCUUGAAAAAUCUCCCUUGAUUUUUCUUCACUUUAUUUUUUUUUUUUUGAAAAGUGGUAACCUAUGAAACAAUUCAGCUGUUUCUGAAUUCUGAAGGCAUGCGGCAUAAGAGUAUCUCAUCUAUACUAAAUUAAGAAGUACCAUCGGCUAAAUCCUGGGUGUGCUAAAGAAAGUGUAAAGUGAUAAAUGAAUGGAUUAUCAUUUAAUAGGGAAUAAUGUAUGCUCUAAUUAUAUGUUAUAGCUUUUUUGUUUUAUGUAUCUGAGGAGACAGAAAUAUGUGGUUGUAUGUACGUGUAGUUGCAGUGGGACAACCAGUGAAGUGCACUGCAUCCAUGCAUACAGAGAGACAGGUAGAUGCAGCUUUUAUAGCAGCUGUAGAAAUGUUAAUGCUAUAGUACCCUAUACUUCUUUCCUGCUUUGCAAAAAUCAUGAGAUAGAAUUAAUAAUAGUAAAUAUCACUGUCCCAUUAAAUGACACACACACACACACACACACACACACACACACACAAUUUAAGUGAUGGAGAGAAAUAUUUAACCUCACUUGCCUAGAUUUUUUUCUUGUACAUCACUCCAUAGAGUUUUAUAACAGAUUAUAAAUUGAUUAGAGGACAUAGAUAAUGUCCUUGUUAUAAAUCACUUGACAGUAUUCUUUUGAGUAAUGGGUAUGGCAUUAAUUCAUUAAGAAAAACAUAGACAACUCCAAGUAUGCGAAGGAAGGAACAAUGAAUUGAACUUUAUGAUUCAAUGGCCAUUUUCCAUAUCUUAACUAUUGGUAAUGUUUGGCUAGCAUUAUAUCGGCACCAGCCUAAGUAUAACACAGUUCUAACAUUUAUUCAUUGAGUUGAAAAGAUAAAAAAAAAAACUAGUCAAAGUAUAAGGACAGAGUUCUAAGCCUGAAGCAUACAUUUUCACAACUUGUUUUCUUUCUACAAAAGAAUGUAAGAAGGAUAUAACCAUUUUUUGUUUAUAAGUUUGAUGAUGAAUCCUACAUUUCAGUAGAGUCAUUUCUUACCAAUUCAGAUCAAAUAGUAUAUAAUUACUAAAUACUUUCGGUCACCUGUAGUUUGACAUGUUCAAAUUAGUUCAGUGUUACUUUUCCAAAAGCCAAGUGUGUAUUUGUAAAUGUGCAAAUCUUUUUGUAAAAAUCCUGCCAUGCACUUGUCUGCUGUAGCAUGCGCUGACAUUACUGUGAAAUGUUUUAAUAGGCAUAAUGUGUGUACUUCCUGUAUUUAACUGCUCACCUGAAAAAAAAGGAGAAUGAAGCAAAUUGGCUAGCAAAUGUUCAAUUUCUGUACUAUACAUAUUAUUUUAAAUAUACUGAGUAGCUGAAUGGCAUUGCAGAGAUAGAAUGGUUUUACAAAUUAUUUUUCUAUGUGCUCUCUUCUUUGUUCAGAAACAUUACAGUCUGGAUUGUUUGGAAAGUGCUUUAAGGAAAUGAGUUUACACAAACUGCCUAUUUAUGAUGAAAUUUAUGAAGAGAGACACAUGUCUGCAUAUCAUUUUUUUUAAAAAAAGCCAAGAGGUACAUUUCAUGAUGCAGCAACAAAGGAAGCAAAAAGAGGGGCUCACUAGGAAAAUGGAUGAAAUGGCCUUUCGUUAAUACUGCAGCACAGUUUAAAAGUGAAGGCAGAAGUCAGUGCUUCCUGCUGCUUCCAAUAAUGUGUGCCAAAGGCUUAAAGCAGGGGUUCUCAACCUUGGCAACUUUAAGACUUGUGGACUUCAACUCCCAGAAUUCCUCAGCCAGCUUUGCUUAAAGUUGCCAAGGUUAAGAACCCCUGGCUUAAAGGAAGUUGAACAAAGCUAUUUUAGUUUAGAUUAAAUUGUCAGAAAUUUAGACUACAGUAAUUAAAUGUAAUUAAAAGGGAAUAUUUAUGGAUCCAAAUGUUUACUUUUCAGAUGACUUCAGUGUCUGUUUACCUUAUGGUUCAGAGUUGGUUUAAGAAUUGUAACACCUGCACCUUCACUGAUCCAUUCUAUCUAAAACCUUUUCUGCAACACGGUAUGCUGAAGUCUUUUGUUGCUGUUACAUCAUGUUUACAUGAUUUUUUUUAAUUAAAAAACAUGAAUUUAGAGAGAAGGGCUUAGAUCAUAUUACUAAUUUAGGCCUGGAUGUGCCCAGUGUGCCUUGACUCUCAUUUUCCUUUGAAUGGCAGAUCACAGGUCAUAUCACGAAUAUGUUUUUGAAACUCUGUUAGCUUCACAAGAUGCUUGUCGUCUGCUGAACUUGGGAAAUUAUUUUGAAAGCUUCUUUGAUGUAUAGAAUUAAGUAUAAGGUUUGUUGGAUUAAGGCUAAAGUAAUAGGAUGCAAUAGUAUUGAUCUGUACCUUUGGGCCAUUAUGUAGCACUCCAUGAAUUAGGGAAAAUGCAUAUAUGCAGUCUACAAAUUUGUGCUAGGCUGUACUGCAAAUUGCCAAGUUAAUAAUGUCUGAAUCUUAGAGAUUCUGAGUUCCAAAACAGAAUUGGUGACCCUUAUAGUUUGAGAAUUGCUUGCUGGAUAAAAAUUCCUAAAAUGGCCAAAUACUUUUUUCCAAGUGCAGAUACAUUUUGCAGUAAGGAGGUCUAUGUAUAAUAAAUAGUUGAACUGCAAAAUCCAGAACUGAAGAAAUGCAUAUUAAGAACCUUGAUUAAAUUUUAUGAAUCUAAAAUCAAUAGUGCCUGUAAAGCUGGUUGAAGUUGUGAUGUAUAAAACUAAUCAGGGCAUAUAAAUUUAGCAAUUCCAUUGGAGUGGAAUUUCUUCCUGGUGAUGAAUGUAUUUGUAGAACUUAAUUGAAGUACAUGUAUGUUUUACCGAUUCCCAAGUCUAGAACUUGAGCCUCAAAUUCAUUUCUCUCAGAAGACUCCCUGAUAUUUUAUGUCUUUCUUCCAUCAUGUAUACUUCUGAGAUCAUAUUUUAUACAUUGGGACAUGAAAAUUUGCCAAAUAUUUAAAUAAUUUGCUUAGAAUCUUUUUAAUGCCAUUAUAUAACAAGUCUCAUGUUAUAUGCACUGUGCAUGAUAAGAACUUUGUAUUGAAGAAUUGCAAGCCAUCUACUCCUUAUAUGUACAAAACAAAACAAAAAAUCAUUCUCAUUUUUGAAUUAUAAAAUUAUAUUUUAUUUUUAUAAUUGUAAUUCUGAUUGUGAAUUUCACUGCCACUAACUCAUUGUGGAUAUUGUAGAUAAGCUUGGGUCCUAUAUUUCAAUACUUAUACAAUUUAAAAAAAAUAAUGUCUCGGAAGUAGUAACAUUUAAUUAAACCCCAAGUUUAAUUGGUUCUAAAAUUAAGAAAUGAAUUCUUUUGAAAAUUGAGAAAUAAAUGUUUAAAAUGUGUUUAAAAUUUA